AUGGCUCCCAAGAAAAGGGAAAAGAAGAAGUCACCCGCCAUUGUUAAUCGAAGAACUUCUCUCAGAAUGAAGGCUGAACCUGGUCCUCCUCACUCACCCGAAACAAACACUUCUGAUAGCGGCGGUGGCGCAUCUUCUUCCAUGGAUUCCGUGAAAAGGGAAAAUGUGGAGUCUCCUGCCAUUGUUACUGAAAGCUCUACUGGGAAACGCCAAAAAGUGAAAUCGGAGACUUCUACUGAUCAGAUUGGUUCAGUCAGUUCUUCCAUUAAAAGGGAAAAUGUGGAGUCUGCCGCCAUUGUUACUGGAAGUUCUACUAGGCAACUUCGAACGGUGAAAUUGGAGCCUUCUUCUUCAGGUGAGAUUGGGCCAGUCGAUUCAAAGAGCGCCAUUGUUACUCAAAGCUCUACUAGGCAACUUCGAACAGUGAAAUCGGAGCCUUCUUCUCCAGGCCAAAUUGGAUCAGUCGAUUCCAAGAACGCCAUUGUUACUCAACGCUCUACUGGGAAACUUCGAACAGUGAAAUUGGAGCCUUCUUUUUCAGGUGAGAUUGGACCAGUCGAUUCCAAGAGCGCCAUUGUUACUCAAAGCUCUACUGGGAAACUUCCAAAAGUGAAAUCGGAGCCUCCUUCUCCAGGCCAGAUUGGAUCAGUCGAUUCCAAGAACACCAUUGUUACUGGAAGCUCUACUAGGCAACUUCGAAAAGUGAAAUUGGAGCUUUCUGAUCAAAUUGAAUCAAUCAAUUCCAAGAAAAGGGAAAAUAUGGACACCAAAAGAAAAGUUAAGGAAGAAGACGACAGUAGUUCGAAAUUAACCAUCUCUGAAGUAAGGGAAAAUGUGCAGCCAACUUCCGGUGUUCUCACCCGCCAUGGCAAAGCCAAAAUGGAUUCUGAAUCGAGUCUUUCUGAAGGAAAAACACCCACUUCUAGCUCGACUCGCCGAGGCAAAGCUAAAAUGGAGUCUGAAACGCCCAAGAAAGAGGGAAAUGGGAAGGGUACCAUUAAAACAAAGGUCAAUUUCUCCUGA